AUGUCCGCGCAGAAGCUAACUUCCCUUGCUCUCACGUUUUACGGAUGGUGGUACUCAGCCGUUGACGACGCAUUCGACCUGAACACUCUCGCCGCCUUCGUCUCCUCCUCUCCGACAUUGCGCUCCUUGAGCAUAUGUUCCCUAGACGUCCCGGCCAUCCCUCAAGCCGAUCCCUCAUCCCCCAUCACAUCGCUGAAGCAACUGUCGCUCAUCUGCCUUCCUGACGUUGCCGCCGCGCUCAUCAACCUCUGCGACACCCUCAACACGUGUGCUGUCGAGCUGGCGGGGCCUUCCGCGCCGCUUUUCGACAUCCCGGCAGCAGGUGGAACGCUCGUCCACCUUGCGGAGCUUCACGUCCUCUCCUGCAUCGACAUUCCGGCGGGGACAGUCAUGCGCGUGGGUGAAGUUGGGUUGAUAUCGUUGGGCGGCACCAUCACCCCCUUGUCCGGCAUCGACGACGUGCGGCCGCUCGUCCCUCUUCUUCAGUCGGCCCGGCCCAUCGCCGUGGAGGUAUUCUCAGCAGGCGAGUUGACGGACGGGGAACAAAUGUGGCACGGACUGUUUCAAGGCGCCCCUCGCCUACGCUACUUGGAGAUCACCGUGACAGAUGGGGAUUGCAACAUCGCCGAUUACAAGGCGAUGCUGCUGGCUGCGCUCAGGUGUACAGCCAUCAGCUACCUUAAUCUCUAUUGUCUUCCAGGAUGUGGACCACUCCCGGUGGAUAUGCUCCGGGGUGAUGUUACGCCUGAAGAGGAGGAGUCUCACCGCGAAGCCGAGAGGGUUUUCGCCGAGGGGCUGGCGUCAAUCCCGUACGAGUUAGCCGCGGGUCUGCCGGCGCUGCGGGUCAUCGCGAUGUCUCACAGCCGAGCGAUUGAGGCCCGGGUCGCGGAAAACGAGAUGUGGAACGGCGGAUGGGGCGACGGGGAACGAGUCAACCUAUCAUGGCCCGACUCACGUUUAUCUCGCGAAUCGGCGAAGGGAACGCGGGUCGAUCGGUGGUGGCGGGUCGAGGUGGACGGCUCGAACCGCAGGCCCGUCGAGAUCUCGCGGGAAGAGGCCGAGGUUAUGCGCGAGGAGAUCCAGAGGGCAGACUUCGACAUUGCGACGACGCUGAAGGGCGUCCAGAACUCGAGUUCGUUCAUAAACGCUGAUGAGGUGACAUGCUCGAACAAUGGAGGCAACGGGGAUGACGUCGUACAACUCCCCGUGUUCGAGUCCGCCGGGAUCACCGUCGCCGUCCUCUUCUCCGAGACGUGCGACAGGCACAUAGGCCUCCUCCUCCACCCGUCGACCGCCCUGAUGCAGGACGCCGCGCGGCCCAAGUACCACGUCGGGCACGGGUUCCGCCGCGCGAACGGCUCGCUCUGCGUCCACCAACUCGUCGCGCUCUGCGCCGACUGGCACGCGUUUGAGUUCAACGGGGAGCGCCGCGACGAGCGGCUCGUGCUCUGCCACGCGCUGCAUUGCCUGUGGCCCGCGCCACCGUUCCGGGUGCCGCACUGGCUGCUCGGACGGCUGGCGGCGCUCGGGCUGGAGCUGAGGCGGCCGAAGAUCGCCCACUACACCCUUCCUCCGGCCGUGUGGGAUAGUAUAUUAUUGCGCAGAUGUGCAUACAAUCAACACAAGUUUCUCUGCCGGCACUUCAACGCUGAGACUGCACUUCUAUACAACACCGGGUACUACGACGCCUACUUCUCCUUCUGGAAAUCUGUCGUGCAAGUGGACGACAUCAAUCUCCUCGACGAGCUCACGCCCACCUCGCUCCGCGAUGGUAUCAUCAUCUCCCGCCGCCGCAAUCCACGGUACGUCCUCGCACUUAAGGAUGCUGGCACGCUCCGUGACGUCCUCCCUGGUGUUCUCUCCUGCCUCCACACCAACUACGGCAACACCACAUGA